AUGAAGUACAUCCAAACCGACCAAGUUCUUGACAUCCCAGAGGGCGUUAGUGUCAAUAUUAAGUCCAGAAUCGUUCAGGUUGCUGGUCCAAGAGGUGAAUUGACCAAGAACUUGAAGCACAUCGAUGUCACCUUCACCAAGGUGAGCAACAAGCAACUCAAGAUUACCGUCCACAACGGUGACAGAAAGCACGUUGCUGCUUUGAGAACCGUCAAGUCUUUGGUCAACAACAUGAUUGUUGGUGUUACCAGAGGUUUCAAGUACAAGAUGAGAUACGUGUACGCACAUUUUCCCAUCAAUGUUAACGUGAUUGAGAAGAACGGUGCUAAGUUCGUCGAGAUCAGAAACUACUUGGGUGACAAGAAGGUCAGAGAAGUGCCAGUUAGAGAAGGUGUCACCAUCGAGUUCUCCACUAUCCAAAAGGACGAAAUGCUCUUGAUUGGUAACUCCGUUGAAAACGUUUCUCAAAACGCUGCUGACAUUCAACAAGUCUGCCGUGCCAGAAACAAGGAUAUCCGUAAGUUCUUGGAUGGUAUCUACGUUUCCGAGAAGGGCUUCGUCGAGGAGGCUUAA